AUGUAUAUAUAUAUAUGUUAUAAUUAAAUAAUCGUUCCGCUGCUCGUUUUUAAUCGCAACAAUAUUUUCGUCUGUUCGAAGGUGAAACCCAUAUAACAAAGUGUAAUUAAAUCCGGAUCAACUUUUCCCGACUUUUUUCACCUGAUUUCGAAGACUCACUUUGACGAGUUGAAGCAGCAGAGUUGACAGAGUUGCUGUUGGAUCAUUUUCACAGAUAAGCGAGUGUUGCGUCAAUAUAUUUGAACAAAAAUAAAAAAAAUGGCUGGAGAACAGCAACAGUUUUUCCUUAAAUGGAACGACUUCCAAUCUAACAUGGUGUCGUCAUUCAAACACCUCAGGGAUGAAAAAAGCUUCACAGAUGUCACCCUUGCCUGUGAAGGUCAAACCUGCAAAGCGCAUAAAAUGGUCCUCUCAGCAUGCAGCCCUUACUUUAAAUCAUUACUGGAGGAAAACCCAUCAAAGCAUCCGAUAAUAAUUCUGAAGGAUGUUGCAUACAGCCACCUUCAGGCGAUCCUAGAGUUCAUGUAUGCAGGUGAAGUAAACGUAUCGCAGGACCAACUGCCAGCGUUUCUGAAAACUGCUGACAGACUAAAAGUCAAAGGUUUAGCCGAAGCUCCUGGCGCCAUAAAAAGAGAGGGUUAAAUCCCUUUGAAUUAGUCACAGUGUUUUUCGAAAGCAUGCGGACUGAAAAAAUUGUAAUGUUACAAAGUGAUUCGUAAGCACAUACACAAGCAUUAUUGAAGUGUGUCUGGUUCAUGACUAGAAUCAACUUGACUUGUAUAUUGAAGUUUAUUCAUAUUUUUGUUUUCCUUAUUUUUAAUUGCAUUUACCUAGACAAUUAAUUAUAGAGUACAAGUGAAAUCGAUAAAAGUUGUUCCGCCCUGAACCAGUGUGCUGCAGACUACCAAACUGAUUAUUUUUUUAAAAUCGGAGUGCUACAGAGAUACAAAGAAAACACAAAUAAUAAUUAAAUAACAGAGAAGAAAUAUUAAAAGAGAAUAACAAAUCACGAUAGUUUAAUAUAUUGUUGUCCGCGGCUAUUUUGCAGAUUAAUUGAAAGAUUGAUAUUUUUUUCAAGUUCAUCUCACCACGCGUCGAAAUAAUUUAUUUUCUGCUUUCUUCACCUGGAUUCUUACCGCCUCUUCAGCAUAAAUUAAAUUCUUCCGGUUCAAUGAAUACUUUACUCAUAAAUCCCACAGUGAUCUACUAAAUUCGAUCUAGAAUUAUUGAAUCCAAUUAGGUAAUCUUCUCAUACUAAUCUUUUAAUAAGAAGUUUAUUAAGACAACUGUUGACGUUUUGAAAAUUGUUCCUUUCAAAUAUAUCUUCGACCUUUUCUGCUGCUAACAUCAGAACUUAUCAUGUCUGAACAUGAUAGCAAUCUAUGAAUAUGGAAUGAGAUUACCGUCAAUAAAUUUGCAAAAAAGCCGAUCUGUGUAUAAUGCUGAGCUUACCAUGGGAAACAACAUUACUUCUGAUAGUGGUCCACUUUUUGUAACGAAUUGUUCGAAGUGUGUGUUCCAUCGACAUUGAGGUGGAAAACAAGGGCAGUCAAACGUGGGUCUUGUGACUGAGUGGUUCGUCUUAUGGCUUGGCUACACUAUCGUUUUUACUAAAUUCAAUUGAAAGGGUGUGCAACGCCUACGUCAAACAAACCUGGCAUACCACUGUAUACAUUUGAGUAAACGAUUGUGAAGAAUCUGCUUCGUAUUAACGCUGCUUUGUUGACGAACAGAUUAUUAAUAUACCUUGAGUAUAAACGCUGUAGUUUUAGGUGAGACGCUAGGUGAAUCUGAACCGCAACAGUUUGGCUGCCCCUGAAUUGAACUAACAAUAAGUGAAGAAAGUGGCAGUUUGACUACUCUUGGUAAUCUUGGUAAUCCACUCAACCAAAUGCCGCCAGUAUUCUUGUGGCGUUUUUCACACUAUUACCGAUAGACACCAAACUUAUUUAUGAUAAUAAUAUAUUGUAGAAUGGUUAUUUCAGAGAACUGAAAAAAAGUUAACUGUAACGUACAUUUUUUACGAGCAUAUAAAGGGGCAUAAAAAGUAAUGGAAGGACAAAGAAAUGCUAGGAAAACUUAGAAAACGAAAAUACUGCAACCCUCGUUAUUGUGACCAAGUAGAAUUGUUGACUAGAAUUAAAAAUUGUAGAAUCUUCACAGUAUCUUUUGCAGUAAGUAAGAAAAUCUAUCCUAGAUUAUUUACAUCAGCCUGAUCUGCGUAUAUAAAAGACAGUAAAUAGAACGACACUUUUGUUCCAUGAAUACAUUCUUAAUAUACUAAGAAUAUUCUAUUAAAAUUGUCCUUCGCCAUCAAGGAAGGGGAUUCUACAGCCCAUAGAGUUGACUUAUCUGGCUUGGUGGCCACUUUUACAAAAUAUUCCGUGCACCUGAAACAGUUCUACAAGAUCCUAUUGUGGAAUAUUUGACACAGUUUUAUUACUCUCGUCAAAUCCACGUAGAUCUACUGAAAAUUAACUACAGUAUUACUUCAAAUUCAUACCGUUGGCUUGUUAUAAAUUUGCUGCUGCACACAUAGUGCUAAUGAUUAAUCCAAUCCGUUAGGCCUUGAAAUAUCGAAAAUCUCGCCAACAAGUACCUCUGUUUUAAACUUCCUUCCAUCAUUGUGCUUUUUUCUACUCAUUUCACAAAGAUGUAAGAUGAAUUUCGAAUUGAUAUUGAUCUUGUACGUCAAUUGACGAAUUUUGAAUUUGCAUAGAUACAUAGAAGUGUGAUUUCGUCUGCUUUAAUUUCUUUGGGGUUUUAAUUAAUUUUCACAGAAAAUUUCACUCUUGGAAUAAGUAUCAAAAUAAGACUUUGGUAAUAAUUACAAGUGAAUGAAAGAUAUACCACGAUUCGUU